GAAGGAUCACUUCACGAGUUGCUACAGGCCACCAUGUCUGAGGAGGAUGCGGCGUUUGAGUAUGCCCGGAGUCUAAACAGCUCCGGUACCUUCGCACCUGUCCUUCAUGCGUCUAUCCACCUCGACCUCUUCAAUAUCAUAGCUCGAGCAGGCCCUGGAGCAGAGCUCUCGGCAUCUGAAAUUGCUGCUCAGCUCCCCACAAAGAACCCAGAUGCACCUUUUUAUCUCGAUCGCAUGCUGCGGCUCCUUGCUUGCUACUCUCUUCUCACGUGCUCUUCGAGAUCCACCGGAGAAGAAGAAGAUGGGAAAGUUGAGAGGCUUUAUGGACUUGCUCCCCCAGCCAAAGCCUUUGUUCCCGAUGAAGAUGGGGCUGCCUUGUCCGCAUUUGCAUCCAAUUUAGGAAUUAUAGAGCCCUUGCUAUACUUGAAAGAUUUCAUCCUUGAAGGAGGAGGCAAUCUGUUCGAAAGAGUACAUGGGAUGACCUUUUACGAGUAUGUAAGUAGAGAUCCAGAGUACAACAAAGGAUUCAAUAAGACAUUAACUAAUUAUUCCAAAAGACUCAUGAAGAAAAUCCUUGAAAUAUACAAAGGAUUUGAAGGAGUAACAUCUUUACUCGAUGUUGGUGGUGGAAGCGGAGCUAUCAUUGACAUGAUCGUCUCAAAAUACCCGUCCAUCAAGGGUAUAAAUUUUGACCAGCCUCAUGUCAUACAGAAUGCCCCAACUUAUCCUGGAGUUGAACAUGUUGCAGGAGAUAUGUUCGUAAGCAUCCCAAAGGCUGCAGAUACUCUUAUGAUGAAGGAUGUCCUUCACAAUUGGAACGAUGAACUAUGUGUGAAAGUCCUUCAAAAUUGCUACGACGCAUUGCCGAGCCAAGGGAAGCUCAUUGUUAUAAGCUUUAUGAUUGCCGAGACAGCAGAGUCAAGCAGCGGUGCUAAGCAUGUAGCCCACUUUGAUAUCACAAUGUUUAUGCAUCAUGGAGGCAGGGAAAGAACUGACAGAGAGUUCAAGGCCUUGGGCAAGGCAGUUGGGUUUUCAGGUUCUGAGGUCGUUUCGUUUGCUUAUAACUCGGUUGCAGUCAUGGAGUUCUACAAAUGAUUUGGCACGCAAUGCCUAUUAAACUUCUCCAACGUAUGGUUAGGAAAAUGAUCACUUGGUGAAAUUAUUACUCAUAUGGUUAAUUUUAUGCGUUUUGUUGGAAUGACAAUGGAUCAUCGAAACAUAAUUUUCAAGACAAAUUGCACAUCAAAGGUGUAGUUUGAACACUGAAAUUAUUAGAAAGUGUUUACACCUAAAAUAAACCAAUAGGGUAAGGCCACGUGUCAAGGUAAAGCCCGAUCAUCAAGAAAAUCAAUAGGCUGGAUUUGGGCUGGGUUGGCUUACAAUUUAAUGGCCCAGACGGAUUUCCAAGGAGGUUGGAUCUUAAGUGGUAGAAGAUAAGAUUGGAUCUGGUAGUUUAAGUUUGAUUUAAAAUGGGAAAUUGAGGAUUUUUAGGUAGUUAUCUUUAAGGUUGUUGGAGAUAAGGUUAAAUAAAAAUUGGAUAACUAUUAAAUAACUGCCAGACCUGCAAUCCCAUUACCAGAUCAUGGAGGAACAGUGCCGAAAAUGGAGGAACAGUACCGAAGAUCAUGGAGAAGAUCAUGGAGGAGGUUACCAGCAUCGAAGGGAACGAAAACAGAGAGAAGAGAACAGUUUAAGGCCUGCCCAACACACACACAGACUGCCUAGAGCAUGUUUUUCAGCUUUCAGACUGCAUUUUCCAGAUUUCAGCAAUAGUUUCCAGAUUUCCCAGACUUUCCAGAUUAGUUCAUAGCCUUAGCCUAGGUUUGUUCAUCUUUGUUCAUAUUUCCUUCCGCAAAUUCCAGUUUAGAUUU